AUGCAAGUUCCUGCAAUGCAAUGCAAUACCAAUAAUGAUAAACUCGGUUUGUCAAGACUAAUAUCUGAUAUGAUUGAAGAAUUCGGCAUAGAAUUUCAUAGGAUAUCGCCUCAUAUGGUUAAGAAAUCCUUCAUUGAAAAG